ACUACRUGGAUGGCUAUUGAUAGCAAGUAGGGUUAAUAGAGAAGGUUCAUCAAUAGACAUUUCAAUUGUUUUAUGCUCAUCAGGGGUCAAAAUGUCAAUGCUUAAAAUUCCAGCCUCGGAUGACRCUCGUACCACAAAAGCCUACAAGACAGAAAGUGUACAUGUUUAUGCGACUAUAUGUAAGCCGUAAAGUCGGAUAUUAUGUUCUCAAGAAGUCCAAAAUUUCCUCGUCAAGGCCAUCAGCAACUCAACCAAGAUGGAGUAGAUGAUGAAGACAGAGUUUUAGCGGGAGUAGAGUUCUGUGUUCAGUACAUGGGCUCAGUAGAAGUUGCCACCGGUUGCGGUACGGGCAGUGGAAACACRGACAUGCCAGUAGCCCAAGUGAUGGCACAAAGUAAAACAAAAACAGACGAYAAAAAGAAAAAAAUGACUAUGACUGUCACGCACAAGAGUUUGACGGUAAAAGAGCAAUUAUCAGRAAAGUUAAUUGCAAGUUUUCCCAUCUCUAAAGUGACCUACUGCAACGUCGACGCAACUUAUGGAAAGGCAUUUGUGUUUGUUGCGCGCGAGCGGAAAGAAAAGCCUUUUAAAGCUUACAUUUUCCUGUGUGAAACCAAAGCCAAGGCUCAGGAAGUGUUUAAAACWCUUUCAAUUGCUUUUAAAAUGAACUACGAGAGUUUCCAAGCUUGUGCGAUUCGUGAGGCAACCCUUCGGUCAUACGCACGAAGYGACUUGGAUACCAUUGGAACAGACUUACUCGACGACACUCAAGARUCUGAUGAUCAUAAUUUAAACAUUCCAAAUGGGUUUGGAAUGGGGAAAAAUGGAUCAAAAUUUGACGACGGCACGAUGUCAUCGUCUCCUGGCAAGAAUUUUGUAGCAAUAGAGAAGAGAGUGGAAUACUUGCAAAACUGUCGCAACAGGAGUAACACCGACCCUGUAGGAACUCAACUUAUGUCAUCCUCAGAGAAUGAAGAUUUUGACGAGUUUACACAGCUAGCGAAAUCACGUUCAAAGACUGUUUUYUAUCCCAAACAUUUUGCAGGAUUCACAUAAGAAGACWUGCCACAAAAAUACACGCAACACUUUGUUUAACGGUGCUCGUAAUCAGUAUUGUCAGUAUAGUAUUAAAACAUUUGUUGUGAAUGAUACCUAACAUUUAAAGUUAUGUUUUAAAGCAUACUUAAAAUUAAAUAUAGAGAAUAUAUAGAGCAGMGAAUAGAAGGUGUAGUGCCUUUUUUACAUUAAAUCAUAUAUUAGGACAUUGUAAUUGAUGUUUUAUAUGUUUUUCAUAAUAUGUAAAGGUUAUUUGAUCGCUUUGGGAGUUCAUGACAUAUGUUUAUUUAUUGUAUGUUAUAUGUUAUAUGAAAAUAAUGGUUCGACGUAUUGAUUUGACCAAGCAUUUUGCCUGUCUACUGAUUAAUAAUUGGUUAAUGAAUUCAA